AUGUUAUACCGCCUCCUGUUAUUGCUCUGUUUUAUCUUAAAAUCAAAAUUAAUAUAUAGUGCAAAAAUAUUGUCGGUGUUUCCACAUAUAUCGUAUAGUCACCAUCAGGUUUAUAAAUGUUUUGUGGACGCCUUACUCGAUCAAGGUCAUCAAGUUGUUACCAUUACUACCCAGCCAGCCUAUCGUGAAGAACAAAUGCCAAUAAAUCUCACGCAAAUCGAUGUACGGGAAAUAUCUCACAAUCUAUGGAAUGAAGAAAUGUCAAAAAUAAUAACCGACGACUUUUUAUCAUGUCUGAGUAAAACUUCAAAAUUAUUUGUCAAAUUAAUGAAAACACAAUUUCAAACGAAGAAUGUGAUAGAACUCAUUGAAAACAAAAAUAUAACAUUUGAUUUAAUGGUUCUGGAAUCAAGAUCAAGAAUGGCUUUAAUGAUGUCAGACUACUACAAGGUACCGGUGAUAGAAAUGAGCUCAUUUGACCCCACGAUUGGGGAUUUGGAAAACACUGGAGCUCCUAUGCAACCACUUUUAUAUCCACAAGCUGCAAACAAAAGAAUUUAUAAUCUUACAUUUACGGAAAAAUUAACAGAAUUGUAUAGAAACUAUCAUAUAGAAAAAAUGUUCCUUGACCAGAUGUAUCCAGAUUUUAACGAAGCAAUGAAAAGCAGUGUAUUAAAUUCCACCCCGAGCAUUGAUAUCUUACAGAACAAUAUUCACUUGACGUAUGUGAACACGCAUCCGGUCUGGGACACCAUUCGUCCAGUACCGCCUUCUGUAGUCUAUACUUUUGGAAUACAUUUGAAAACGUCCAAAGAACUGACGAAGGAUCUCCUUUCUUACUUGGAAGCAUCAGUCAAUGGAGUUAGAUAUGUAUCAUUUGGAACAACAGCGUACGUAUCUCAAUAUUCAGGGAAAGUACAAACGUUAAUGAAGGCGUUAUCCCAGCUACCAUACGAUGUCCUUUUCAAGUGGCAUGAAGACGAAUUAGAAAACAAGCCAAAUAAUGUUAAAAUAGCUAAAUGGUUUCCACAGGCUGAUCUUCUGAAGCACCCCAAAGUAAAAGCGUUUAUAACACAAGGAGGCAAACAAUCGACUGAUGAAGCUAUCGGCGCUGGUGUACCGCUCAUAGGAAUACCUUUGAUGUGGGAUCAAUGGGCUAAUGUUGAAAAAUAUGUUCAUCAUGGAAUAGGAGUAAAACUUGAUAUAGAAGAAAUAACAGAGGAGCAAAUUAGUAAUGCCAUAAAUACAGUGAUUAAUGAUAUGAGCUUUCGCCAAAAUAUAAUAAAACUACGAACAAUUCUACUGGAUACACCUCAGAGUCCUAUGGACCGCGCAAUCCACUGGGCCCAUUAUUAUUACCUAAUACGACAUGGCGGAGCGCACCACCUACGGGCUCCGGCCGUUAAUAUGUCAAAUGCCGAAUUCUUUGAAUUAGAAUUGUUUUUAACAUCAGCUAUCAUUUUACUUUUAUUCUGUGCUACAGCUUUCUUUGUCGGAGCUGCUUUGAAACCGAAGAAAUGGCUGCUCACGUAA